AUGGAGUUUACCAAAAAAUACGACCGCUGGACCGACGACGAGGUCCAGACUUUAAUAAGCGUAUUUGCGGAAGAAGAAAUCCAGCGGGAACUGGAAACGGCAAUCCGCAAUGAAAAGGUAUACCUGAAAAUAUCGAGUCGGUUAUACGAGCUGGGCAUUGUUCACACUGGAAAACAGUGCAGAGAGAAGUUAAAAAAAUUAAAACAAGACUACAAAAAAGUCAAGGAUCACAACAAUAGAAGCGGAUCCGAUCGGCGUACUAACAAGUGGUUUGACCGCCUGGACGCGUUGUUGGGACACAGGCCGGCAUUCUCUGGAGCAGCGGUGACAAAAGACUCGGCAAUUGCAUUUUUGGAAUCCAUUCAUGAUUCUGAGGACCAGUCGGUUGAAGAUGAAAUGAAUGGCCCCAAUGAUGUGCAGGCAACAGAGACCAGCGUGUUUUCCCCUGCAAUCACCAGUAGCCCUCGUCCCAUGUCUUCCGCCGAAACACACACACGACGAGGGAAGAGGAAAAGGGAUUGUGACUUUCUUGAUGCGCUGAGGGACAUGGAAGAUUCUAACCGGACCGCCCUGCAGCUUGGACAAGAACAGCGUGACAAAUAUAUGCAGCUGUUACUUGAGAGCCAGGCUGAGGAAAGAGAGAUGAGGAGGCAGGAGUUGGCGUUCCUGCAGUCGGAAGCUGAAGAAAGCAGACGGCAGCAGAGGGACUUUCAGGCCGGGUUUCUGUCUGUUCUUGGACAGUUUGCCCAGUCAUUCAAAAAGUAGCCACUUGAACUCUGAGAUUGCACUUUAAAUUGAACAUUUGCAUUUUUUAUUUUCUUUGCACAAUUCUAAUUUUUAUAUAUUGUUUGCAUUCCUGCAGAGGGCCAGGUUUCUGUCUGUUCUUGGACAGUUUGCCCAGUUGUUCAAAAAUACAUUUGUAUUUGUUUUUCUUUACACAAUAUAUUACUGUUCUCGUAAUUUAUUUCUUUUCACAUGAUUGUAUUUUAAAAUAUAUAUAUUUAGUAAGCAGUACUUGCCUUGUGUUAAAUAAAGUUUGUAAAAUGUCA